AGGAAAGAAAACGGAGGGAAGGGAAGGGAAGGCUGCUGCCGAGGGGGAACAGAAAGGAGAGAGGGAGAGAGAGACGAUGAGAGGGAGAGAGGGAGAGGGAGGACGAGAGCAAGAGCACGAAAGCACGCGAGCAAGGCACAGAGCUCGGCAUGCAUGAGUUCAAGGUAGAGGAAGAUGGAAAGGAGCAGGUCGGGGGCUGACAAUACGAACAGAGAGGGAAGUACGACAGAGAAGACUGAUGGUAGAUUGAGAUAGGGAAAUCGGAAUCCACCGGGAAGAGCUCUGUUAAAAUGACUCUGGUGACCGACUCUCCGGUGCACUCUUCCAGCAGUGAGGAUUUUGCUUCCUUUCUUGACACGCAUUUAACUUCUACUGCAUCAGACUCAUCAGCGAAUGAGGAUAGUGAUGGAGAAGAGGAUCUUGAGAGCAAGAGGGUAAAGAGGCAUAAGGUGGAGGUGUUGGAUAUUCCUGAGAACACACACGAACCGACAACAGGUGCCGGAACUUCGAAGAUCGAAGAUAUUUGUGCACAUCCUGGUACAUUUGGGAAUAUGUGCAUCCUAUGUGGGCAAAGGAUAGAUGAGGAUUCCUCUGUAUCAUUAGGGUACAUACACAAGGGUCUACGUCUUGCAAAUGAAGAAAUUGUUCGAUUACGCAAUGCAGAUACAAAGAAUUUAUUGAGUCGAAAAAGGCUGUACUUGAUCCUUGAUUUGGAUCAUACACUGCUCAACUCAACAUUGCUUUUUCAUAUGAACUCUGAGGAGGAAUAUUUAAAAAGCCGAGCAGAUUCUCUACAAGAUAUUGAGAAUGGCAACCUGUUCAUGCUGGAGCAUAUGCGAAUGAUGACAAAGUUGAGGCCUUAUGUCCGCCAAUUUCUGAAGGAGGCUAGCCAAUUAUUUGAAAUGUAUAUAUACACAAUGGGUGAUAGGCCCUAUGCUCGGGAAAUGGCGAAACUUCUUGACCCGAGAAAUGAAUACUUCAAUGCUAAAGUUAUCUCAAGGGAUGAUGGUACACAGAAACACCAGAAGGGCCUUGAUGUGGUGCUGGGUCAAGAAAGUGCUGUGCUCAUCCUAGAUGACACAGAAAAUGCAUGGAUUAAGCACAAGGACAAUGUGAUCCUAAUGGAGAGAUAUCAUUUCUUCGCCUCAAGUUGUCAACAAUUUGGCUUCUCAUGCAAAUCCCUCUCUGAGUUAAAGAGUGAUGAGAGCGAGACUGACGGAGCACUCGCAGCGGUUCUGAGAGUUCUGAAGCGUGCGCACUCCUUGUUUUUUGAUGAGCUUGGGGACAGUCUGCCCAAUAGGGAUGUGAGGGAGGUCCUGAAAACGGUUCGGAAGGAAAUUCUUCAAGGGUGUAAGAUUGUGUUCAGUCGGGUCUUCCCCACCUCUUUUCCUGCCGAAAGUCACCAGCUCUGGAAGAUGGCAGAGCAGCUCGGAGCCACCUGCUUAGUUGAGCUCGACGACUCAGUGACCCAUGUGGUGGCCACAGAUCCAAAGACGGAGAAGUCUCGAUGGGCAGUGAAGGAAAAGAAAUUCCUAGUGCAUCCUCAAUGGAUUGAAGCCACAUUCUAUUUGUGGAAAAGGCUCCCGGAAGAUAAUUACUCCGUGAAUCAGUUGUAG